AUGGCUUACGAGGAUAAAUUAGUAGCUCCUGCUUUAAAGUUUAGAAACUUUUUGGACAAGACUCCAAAUAUCCAUAAUGUUAUCGUUAUUGCUGGUAUUUCAUGUAUUUCCGGGUUAAUGUUUGGUAUUGAUAUUUCAUCAAUGUCAGCAUUUCUUGGGGAAAAAACAUACAUAAAUUAUUUUGGUGAACCUAGUACAACUAUGCAAUCAUUCAUUACGGCUGCUAUGUCUUUAGGUUCUUUUUUUGGGUCUUUGGCUUCAUCCUUUGUAUCUGAGCCAUUCGGUAGAAGAGCUUCGUUAUUGGCAUGUGGUUUCUUCUGGUGUGUUGGUGCGGCUAUCCAAUCCUCUUCUCAAAAUCAAGCCCAGUUAAUUAUUGGUCGUUUUAUUUCAGGUUUUGGUGUUGGUUUUGGUUCGUCAGUUGCACCAGUUUAUGGAUCUGAAUUAGCUCCUAGAAAGAUUAGAGGUUUUAUUGGGGGUCUUUUCCAAUUUUCCGUCACUUUAGGUAUCUUAAUUAUGUUCUACAUCUGUUACGGUUUAAAUUUUAUAAACGGUACCGCCUCAUUUAGGAUUGCUUGGGGUUUGCAAAUCGUACCAGGCUUGCUAUUAAUCUUUGGUUGUUUCUUUAUUCCAGAGUCUCCUAGAUGGUUAGCUAAGCAAGGUUACUGGGACGAUGCUGAAAUAGUUGUUGCAAACACUCAAGCUAAGGGUAACAGAGAAGAUCCAGACGUUCUUAUCGAAAUGUCCGAAAUUAAGGAACAAAUCAUGUUAGAUGAACAUAUCAAGGCUUUCACAUAUGCAGAUUUAUUCACUAAGAAAUAUAUUUUGAGAACUGUUACCGCAUGUUUUGCUCAGAUCUGGCAACAAUUAACUGGUAUGAAUACUUUAAUGUAUUAUAUCGUUUAUGUUUUUCUGAUGGCUGGUUACGAAGGUAAUGCUAAUUUGAUUGCUAGUUCCAUUCAAUAUUGUCUUAAUACAGGUAUGACUAUUCCAGCAUUAUACUUUAUGGAUAAGCUUGGUAGAAGACCUGUUUUAUUAACUGGUGCUGCUUUAAUGAUGGCCUGGCAAUUUGCAAUCGGAGGGUUAUUGGCUACUUAUAGUAUUGAUGAUCCUAUCAAUGAAACCGUCAGAAUCAGAAUUCCAUCAGAGCACGGUGGAGCCGCCAAAGGUGUCAUUGCUUGUUGUUACUUGUUCGUUGUUUCCUUUGCUUGUAGUUGGGGUGUUUGUUGUUGGGUUUACUGUGCUGAAGUAUGGGGUGAUAGUGCUUCAAGACAAAGAGGUGCCGCUCUUACUACAGCUUCCAAUUGGAUUUUCAAUUUCGCCAUUGCCAUGUUCACUCCAAACGCGUUCAAGAGUAUUACUUGGAAGACUUACAUGGUUUUCGCUACAUUCUGUGGUUGUAUGUUUAUCCAUGUCUUUUUCUUCUUCCCAGAAACUAAAGGUAAAAGAUUGGAAGAGAUUGGUCAAAUGUGGGCUGAAGGAAUUCCAGCAUGGAAGUCUGCUUCUUGGCAACCAGCUAUUCCAAUAUUAUCUGACAAUGAAUUACAUAAUAAGAUGAAGGUUGACCAUAAUGAAGAUAAUUUAUUAAAUUCUUCUUCUCAUUCUGAAGUAACCCAAGAAAAGGGUGAUACUUCUCAUUUGACUUAA